CGCAGCGCAGCUCGCUUGCAACACAUCUCGUCAAGAUGGCGAACCCCAUGAUGGAGCCGCGCAUUCACAAGCUCGUGCUGAACAUCUGCGUCGGCGAGUCCGGCGAUCGCCUCACGAAAGCGGCGAAGGUGCUCGAGCAGCUCACGGGCCAGCAGCCGAUCUUCUCCAAGGCUAGGUACACCGUGCGCACGUUCGGGAUCCGCCGCAACGAGAAGAUCUCCACGCACGUGACCGUGGGGAACCGGGAUAAGGCGAUGCAGAUUCUCGAGUCCGGGCUCAAGGUGAAGGAGUACGAGCUUCUGAAGAAGAACUUCUCCAACACGGGCACGUUUGGGUUUGGCAUCUCCGAGCACAUCGACCUCGGCAUCAAAUACGAUCCCUCCACCGGCAUUUACGGCAUGGAUUUCUUCGUCGUCCUGGAGCGCCCGGGCUACCGCGUCGCGAAGAGGCGCAAGUGCCAGUCGAAGAUCGGCAAGCCGCACAAGCUCACGAAGGUGGACGCGAUGAAGUUCUUCCAGUCCAAGUUCGAGGGUGUCAUCCUCGCCAAGGCUUACGCUUAAACGAUCCGCGGUCGCGGUAGUUGUAGCAGGAAUAAAGAGGGUGGGUGUUGGCGAUGUAAUGACCAUACGUUCUUCGCUAAAA